CAGUUCUUACUAACCAUAUAAAAGCAUCUUGCAAUUGAUACGAAACUCAUUCCAGCGACAACAACUGAAACAAACAAACAUGUACUCAAAGGUGGUAAUUUUCUUGUGCGCUGCUGGCAUCGCCUCCGCCGGCAAUCUUCUUCAUGCCGCGCCCUUGACGUACAGCGCUCCUGUUUCCUCCGUGUCCUACUCUUCACAAACGACUGGCCACGCUGCCCCUAUCGCCACAUACGCCGCCGCCCCAGUUGUUGCUAAAACAAUAUCUCCAGCUGUAUCUUACCAGACCAUCUCAACUCAUUCCGCGCCUGCAAUCGCCUAUUCGUCACUUGCCCACGCCUCUCCCAUUGCGUAUGCAGCAAGACCAGCAGUUGCCACUUAUGCUGCAUCUCCCGCUUUGUCCUACUCUUCAGUAGCUCAUGCCGCUCCCGUUGCAUAUGCAUCUGGUCCUACUCUGAGUAGAACCUACUCGUCACCUCUGACCUACGCCUCCAGCCCAGUUGUGACUAAGACUUACGCAGCUCCUGCUUUAGCCACGUACGCCGCUGCCGCUCCAGCAAUCUCCACUUACGCUACAGCCCCAGUUCUCAAGUCCGCUGUCACUUACUCGGCAGCCCCAGCCGUGUCUCAUGUUUCCUACACCGGUUUGGGAGCCAGCUACGGAUGGUAA